AUUGAUUCUUCUUCCAUCUGGUGACAACCUUUUAAAACACAUUUCGAAACAGUAAAUUUAUUGGCUUUUUAACUAAAAAUGUACUCCCCGGUGAGAAAAGAUUUCCACAUCACAUGACACAUUGCCUGAGAGGAAGAAGGAGUUAAAAUUAUCCUCCAAUCCAACUGUCCAAUCCUUCUCAAGCUGAUCAAGCUGAGUGGAGAAGAGACUGAACAGACUUGAUGACUUCCAACUUGCAGGCAGCAUGCAAAGUCCCUCUUGGAUUUCACGGACAAUUAGAAGCUGAAGUUAAAAGGAUUAAACUCAGCUGAUGAUCACAGGAAGUCCUUGGAACUAAGAGCGAUCACUUGUCUGGCAGUGGUCCCACAUCUUUUCCAUCAAGACGGCAGACGGACCUCUGAGGAGACCUCAGCUCAAACCUCAGAGCUUGUCAUCCUUUCAGUAAGGCCAAGAAACCUUCCUAAUAAAAUGAGAUUAUUCUGAAAGCAAACACAGUUUUGCCAAAAAACUUUGCCACUAGAACAUUUCUAGGGACUUGGAUUUGUUUUAUUUUUUUGUCCUUUUUGAUGUUGUCUGAGCAGAACGAUCUGCUGAGCAUUUGCUGGGAUGCACCCUUCAAUCCAACAUGAAUAAGCAACAUUCAGGGUUUAUUUAGCAACAGAUAUAAAGUCAAAGAAAGCCAUAACGUAAUUCCUAAUUACUUACACUCCAAGCAAAGAUGACCAGAGACAGUCAUCCUCCCAGUCUCAUGCAUUCCCGUGUAUUGCACCACCAAUGGAUUGGAGUCUCCCUGGGGUUUGUCCUCCCCGUUUUUCCCCUUUGUCCUCUUCUUUUGUGUUACUUCCUGUCAUGUGCAGCAGGAGCUGGUAGUUUACCAGGCAUAGAAUACAGUUAUGGCAUUAGCCCCAAGUUUGUUUGCACCCCUGUUCCUCCAGAGGCGGAUCCUAGCUGCUAUUCCCCACCUACUGUGCCCCAUGGACCCAGUGGUAGCUCUCAUGAUCAUGGUGGGGGCACCCAUCGAAGCAUGAUGUCGGAUGAAGCUAAGGCCACCAUCCUGCACCUUCGCGAAAGCCUUGUGAGGCAGAAGGAAACCAUCCUUGACCAGCGGGAGACCAUCAGAGAGCUGACCGCUAAGCUCACCUUGUGCGAAGGUUUUGGGAGUCACCAUAGUGUUGGACAUCAUGAAAACCACCAUGAAAGUCACCACGACCCUCACCAUGACACCCACCACAGUGGCCACCAUGAGGACCAUCAUGGACGCCAUGGCAGCCACAGUGGCCCUUCUUCGCUGCACCACAGUCCCUCAGCGCAUGAUCAUCACCCCUCCCACGGCAGUCACAGACCAGACCUUCAUCACAGGAAGGGAUCAUCGCACAGCAAGCAUAGCUCCUUCUCCCCUGAGCAGACGGGAAAGACCCUGCAGACUCUGAAAGAGAGGCUGGAAAACCUACAGGCUAGAAAUUCUUCCAGCUCAUAUUCCAGCUCCUUAAGACAACUUCUUCAGCGAAAGAUCAAUGCUCUGGAGGAGCAGUUGCACAGAUUCCAUAGAGAUCCCCAUAGUGACCCUCACAGAGAUCAUCAUGAUGACCAUCACGAAGAUAACCAUGGCGGUAGCCACCAUGACGACCAUCGGGAUGACCAUCACGAUACUCAUCAUGGUACCGGUCACCAUGAAGACCUGCACGGUCUAGGCCAUCAUGAAGACCACCACAGUAGCCAUCACAGUGACCACAGUAGCCAUCACACUGACCACAGAUACCACAAGCCAAACAACCACCAUAAUAAUCAUCACUAUGACCACAGCUAUGACUGGCACCAUGGUCGGCAUUAUGGUCACCAUGGCAACCACCCAAGCAGCCACCAUGAGGACCACACCAAUGAUCAUCAUGCUGGCGAUCACCAUGAUGAUCAUCAAGAUUAUUACCAUGAACAUGGACGCAAUGGUGACCACCAUGACGAUCACCAUGACGAUCACCAUGACAACCACCAUGAAACCAGCCACUAUGACCAGUACCAUCAACCCCAACACCUGCCCUACAGCAGCAAGGAGACAAUUCUGCAAGGUCCUGGUCACAGCAAGUUGGAGACAGUUCUAGGUCAAUUACACCCCAGCGGUGGUCAUGGAAACAAACCGAAGCUGAAGAGCCCCAGUGCUUUUCUCCUUGACUUCCCAAUGAGGACCAACUACAUGUACGCCAAGAUGAAGCGGUCUUUGGUCAAUGAGAUCUUUGCCAUGACUUUGUGCCUGUGGUUAAAGUCAGGCGAGAGUUCUGGCCUUGGAACUCCCAUCUCCUAUGCCAUUCCUGGACAAGCCAACGAGCUCGUACUCAUUGAAUGGAGCAACAACCCAAUGGAGCUUCUUAUCAACGAUAAGGCAGCUACUAUGCCAAUAACAGUGACGGACGGAAAGUGGCAUCACGUGUGCGUGACAUGGUCGACACGUGAUGGCGUCUGGGAGGCCUACCAGGAUGGGGUAAAGAAAGGUUCUGGGCAGAACUUAUCAGCCUGGCAGUCUAUUAAACCAGGGGGGAUCUUCAUCCUGGGUCAAGAGCAGGACACUAUGGGAGGUCGCUUUGACAUCACACAGUCCUUCAUGGGAGAGAUGUCGGAUCUCCAGUUCUGGUCCAGGGUUCUGACAGCGGAUGAGAUCCACAUCCAGGCCACAUGUGGAGGUCACCUCGUAGGUGACGUCAUGUCAUGGUCUGAAGAAUUGGUGGAGCUCCACGGGGGCCUCAAUGAGCUUCCCUAUGAGCCCUGCCACUAAAUCUGGAACGAAUAAACAUUGUUUGGGUUGUGUACGAAGAAUACAGAAUAUGUAUGUCUGAAUGUAUUAUUUAUUUAUUUUUUUUUUUUGCUCCUGUCUGAUCCUUCUGCCUUCUCCACGUACACUCUCUCUUCCGUGCUCUCAGCAGGACAGCUUUGAGAGCCCUAAAGGGCGCAGAGCUUUGGAUUUACUGCCCAUGUGCUAACGUCUGUGGCUGUUCUGGGCAAUCCAACACACAUAAGAGGAUUUUCUUUUUCUGAAACAGCUCCAGAAUUUGCUGGCUGACAUUAACUGACUUUCUGUAAUCAAGAGAAACGUUACAGACAGGAAAAGUGAGACUAAAAGGGGCAUAAGUAAUAAGUCCGUUCAGCCUCUGAGUAGCCUCUGGAGAAUUUAAUGCAGGUUUUGUUUUUACAGUGCUGGUCAAAUUUGGUUUGGUUGUAGCACAAAGUAUUAAUGUUGACUUUUGCACAUUAUAUUAGUAUUUCAUAUUGAAACUAUACUUCAGGCUUUUCGUAGAAAAACCAUGCUUUUUUUCUAAAAUAUAUUUAUAAUUUAUGUUUAAAACUUGAUGUUUUGUCUAUUACUGCAAGUGGAUUCUUCUGAAGAUUUGUUGCACAACUCAGAAAGGGGUCAGUGAGAGGUGUCGCAUGUUUUGGCUACAUGCCACCGGGCAGUAUAAAUACAGGUAAAGCAGUUCUCAGCGUGUCAGAGCUGGAAUGGCAGGAUUUACCUGUGAACACCUGAUCUAAGCCCACCUAUUUUUGACUUGCUGCAGCCACUAGGCUGAGGCGGCAGCAGCGCAUGCUUGGAGGAAAAACCCUCUGGUGACAUCUGCUUUAGCUGCACUCCCACUUUUUAUAACGUUUUUAUCCAGUACAAGUCGCAUCAGACAUUUUUGCUUUCGCUUUGUAGCACUUUCUAAACAUUUGCUUGAUUCUGUCUGGUUUUUUUCAUGCAUGUUGGUAAGGAACUGUUGUUCCUUUGUUUUAUUUAUACCCUUUCUGGUUGUGUUGAUAGUUAAAAAAAAAAAAGGGAUAUGCGUUGUACUGAUGCCAAUAAAACAUCAUUUUGAAGCUGUACAUAUUUGCAAACUCUUUACUUGUGAUGCCAUGUCAACCGCUCUUUGCUCCAGUGUUGGCAUAUGGCGCUGGGCCAAAGAGACAGAACGUCUCUAUCCGUGUUCUCGUCAUCUUGCCACCAAACUGUGUCGCUCAUAAGCUCGAUGUUUGUGUGUAAAAAGAGAAAUAUUUUAUUUUUAUUCCUGUGUACUUGCUGUAAAUAUGCCAUCUAUUUUCCUGUGUUUGAACGACAGCCCCUCCCUAUGUGUAAGCCAAAAAGUUCAACUGUUAAUCCAUGCUAAUGAUGCUCCUCAACAUGAUAUUUAAUGUAAGGGUUUUGAAUAAAAACAAUUUCAGAUGUUG